UUGAAGAACCAAGACAGACAGAGAGAGAGAGAGAGAGAGAGAGAGAGAGAGAGAGAGAGAGAGAGAUUAGGGUUAGGGUUUAUGAGGGGCUUCACUUUUACAAAUUGACAUCACACUCUCUUCUUUCUGUUCCUUCUCUCUGUGCCGCUUGGAACCAUGCCUAAGCAAAUUCACGAGAUCAAGGAUUUCCUCCUCACUGCCCGGAGGAAGGAUGCGAGGUCGGUGAAAAUCAAGAGGAGCAGAGAUGUGGUCAAGUUCAAGGUCAGAUGCUCAAAGUAUCUCUACACACUCUGUGUGUUUGACCCUGAGAAAGCUGAUAAGUUGAAGCAAUCACUUCCUCCAGGUUUGAGUGUUCAAGACCUGUAGAGGUACUGAGUGAGAAGCCGAGGAGAAGUGUUUUGUUUAAUUCCUGUGAUGUUUGUUUCUCUGUAGUUGAAGUUUGAGAUUUUGACAGUUAGUCUUAAUAUUGAGAUCAUUGUUAAAACUCGCGUGUUUUAAUUUAUUAUGAAAAAUGAAACUUGAUUUUUA